CUGGGCGGCCGGAGCAGCGCGGACCCGGCUCUCAGCUCCCGGCACCAUGUGAGGGGGCUCAGGGGCCACGGGGGGCCGGGCGCUCCCCAGGGGAGAUGAGGACACUGAGGCUGAGAGAGGUCCACGGCUUGCCCAAGGCCCCUCAGCCAGUAAGUGGUGGAACCAGGAUUCGCACUUGAACCUGAGAUGCUGCACUGACCAUGGCCUUCUCAAGAGCAGGACUGUGACGGGACUGACAAGGGGGACCGACCAGGGGGACCCUGGUCCUGGCUGAGGGCACCGCUCAGGCACAGUGCCCUCCGGGCUUGAAUCUGCUGGAGGCGUCUGGACACGAGUGCUUGUUUCCAUUUGACAGGUGUGAGCCCACACCCCGGCCCCCUGGGCCACCUGCAGGACGCUGGCCCCUGCCCCUCAGCAGACGCCAGAGAGAGAUGAGUAGCAACAAAGAGCAGCGGUCAGCAGUGCUCGUGAUCCUCUUCGCUCUCAUCACCAUCCUCAUCCUCUACAGCUCCAACAGUGCCAACGAGGUCUUCCACUAUGGCUCCCUGCGAGGCCUCAGUCGCCGGCCCAUCAACCUCAAGAAGUGGAGCCUCACCGACGGCUAUGUCCCCAUUCUUGGCAACAAGACGCUGCCUUCCCGCUGCCACCAGUGUGUGGUCAUCACCAGCUCCAGCCACCUGCUGGGCACCAAGCUGGGGCCCGAGAUUGAACGGGCCGAGUGCACGAUCCGCAUGAAUGACGCGCCCACCACGGGCUACUCGGCAGAUGUGGGCAACAAGACCACCUUCCGCGUGGUGGCCCAUUCCAGUGUCUUCCGUGUGCUGCGGAGGCCCCAGGAGUUCGUCAACCGGACCCCCGAAACCGUAUUCAUCUUCUGGGGGCCCCCGAACAAGAUGCAGAAACCCCAGGGCAGCCUCGUGCGGGUCAUCCAGAGGGCAGGCCUGGUGUUCCCCAACAUGGAGGCCUACGCCGUCUCUCCCGGCCGCAUGCGCCAAUUUGACGACCUCUUCCGGGGUGAGACAGGCAAGGACAGGGAGAAGUCCCAUUCGUGGCUGAGCACAGGCUGGUUCACCAUGGUGAUUGCGGUGGAGCUGUGUGACCACGUGCACGUCUACGGCAUGGUCCCCCCCGACCACUGCAGCGGUCCCGCCUGCAGCGCAUGCCCUACCACUACUAUGAGCCCAAGGGGCCGGACGAGUGUGUCACCUACAUCCAGAACGAACACAGCCGCAAGGGCAACCACCACCGCUUCAUCACGGAGAAGAGGGUCUUCUCGUCCUGGGCCCAGCUGUACGGGAUCACCUUCUCCCAUCCCUCGUGGACCUAGGCCGCCCUGCCUGCGGGGCCCACACAAGGGACAUAGGAGAAGUGGCUCUCGGCCAGCCAUCUCCUGGCCAAUCAAGGCUGGCCAGCCAUCUCCUGGCCAAUCAAAGCUGGCCAGAAUAUCUUCUGGUCAAUCAAGGCUGGCCAGCCAUCUCCUGGCCAAUCAAGGCUGGCCAGAGUACUUUCUGGCCAAUCAGGGCCUUGAAGAGGGUGUAUCCUCCAGCCAGUCAGGGCCUGGGGAUAUCUCUGGGCCAAUCAGGGAUUUGGACUUUUCUGUGGUUAAUCAGGGGUGUCGGGAUUUCUUGUCCAGUCAGGGUCUGAGCGUAGUCAAUCAGGGUAUUUCUGAGUCAUUUGAGGCCAAGGACAUGUGCUUUCCCAUGAGGCCUUGGUUCAGAGCCCCAGGAUGGUUCCCAAAUCAUUCCCUAUUGUCCGGGACAGUGGGGUCCUGUUCCAAGGACCUGGGUACUCUGUGUUACCCCUCACUUCCCCAGAGCCAGAAAGGGAGGUUGCAUAGGGGGUGGGAGCUCUCUGGAGGCCGGGCCGGGGCAUUUGUGGGCUCGAGGGGUUCCCAAAGUUGGGGGGCAGUGUCUGGGUCUCAGCUCUGCCCUGAGUGGCCUUGGACAAAUCCCUCAUCCCCCUCUCUGGCACCCUUCUGCCCAUGUCAGGUUCUAAGGUGGAGUCUUCGGCCCCUUACACCUUCCCCACUGGCUGCCUUGGGUCUGCCCUCCAUAAUACUAGACCCCUCCAGCGACUACCCCUUGCUGGGGGUCUCACCUUUCUAGGGGUCUGGGGUUCCUUUCCCUACCUCCUCCUGGAGAUGAGGGUAUUUUUGCGCAAACUCCCCCAGGUCUGGGGGACUCUGAUAGGAAUGGCCCAGCUGCCAUUAGCUUGGCUCUUAAAGAGCCAGGCCCCCUUUUCUGUUGUCCAGCAAUGAGGCUUUCCACCUGUUGGAGGAGCCUUUGGGGCUGAGAAAGGGGGCACCCCAGCCAAACCGAGGUUUCAAGCAGCCCCUUUGUCUGCAGCUGCUGAAAUCAUCCAAGCGUCUCCCUCCUGCUGGGCCCGGAAAAGCUCUAGGGGGCCGGGAGCUGUGUUGCUUGGGUUCUGUCCCUCCUCACUCUGUAUCAGGCACUUUAUGACUGGGCCUCAGGGGGUGGGUUUGCCCCCUGCUCCUCUGGAGCCUGGAAGGGAAGACCAGAGGGCUUCCUGGAGGAGGCUGUGGAAUGGGAGGGGCCAGGUAGAGAGGAGGCGGCCAGCAGCAAGCCAUUGCACACUGGGGCAGGGGUGGGGUCUGGCAGCUCCCCCAGACUUGGUUUUGUAAUGAUUUGUACAGGAAUAAAUGCGCCUAAGCUCCAACUCCA